UUGCCGUAACAACGGGCAGCGGAGUCCAUCGGCAAUGGCCUCUAACUUUAAGAAGGCAAGCAUGGCAUCAUCUGCCCAGAGAAAAAGGAUGAGUCCUAAGCCAGAGCUUACUGAAGAGCAGAAACAGGAAAUCCGGGAAGAUUUUGAUCUCUUUGAUGCUGAUGGAACUGGGACCACAGAUGUUAAGGAACUUAAGGUGGCAAUGAGGGCACUGGGCUUUGAACCCAAGAAAGAAGAGAUCAAGAAAAUGAUAAGCGAAAUCGAUAAGGAAGGGACAGGAAAAAUGAACUUUAGUGACUUUUUGACUGUGAUGACUCAGAAAAUGUCUGAGAAAGAUACCAAAGAAGAAAUUCUGAAAGCUUUCAAGCUCUUCGAUGAUGAUGAAACUGGGAAGAUAUCAUUCAAAAAUCUAAAGCGUGUGGCCAAGGAGUUGGGUGUGAACCUCAAUGAUGAGGAGCUACAGGAAAUGAUCGAUGAGGCUGAUCGAGAUGGAGAUGGAGAAGUCAAUGAGCAGGAGUUCCUGCGCAUCAUGAAAAAGACCAGCCUUUACUAAAAUCAGUCUCUUCUUUUCAUAUUGUGUGAAACCUGGGUUUUGAGAACAUAAACUAUUUUCUCCUACUGACCUACCUGUACAACUUUAGUAACAAUCUUGAAUCUCUUUUAGGUACUU